UGAAGUUUCUUGACUUUGCUUCUCAAAAGCAAACUCCUUUAAAUCAUCCAACUUGCAAUCUCCAAUUCAAACACCAACACUUCACUUCCACUUCAAACCUCUUCAAAUGGAAACAGAGUCACUCUUGCCUAGACCAACUUAUGGUGGCAUCAAGAGGUACCUGAGAAGGCGGCGCUACCAGCGCCUCGAUGAUGGCACCACCACCGCCAUCACCACUGGAGGAAGCAAGAAAGCAAAGGUCCCAAGAUCAAGAAGAAGCAGCAAUCGUAGGUUUUGGAGGAUCAGAGCAGCUCCAAGGUUAACAUGGGUGGCUAUAAGGUCACCAUUGAAGAUGUUGACAAAGCUUAAGAAUGCUUAUGUUAACUUCAUGUUGAGGCACAUGAACUCCGACAACAUGUUUGGUGGGAAACGGAUUCCUAAGGCUUAUGAAGUUUCCAAAGGUAGUUGUUUUAAUUCACGUGAUGCGUUUGAGGCCAGGCUCAUCUUUGAGAUUUCUAAGGCCAUAGCUGCUUCUCAUGAGCUUCACCCCGUGUAAUUAUUAUUGAUCCUUCUCUUCUUCUUUUUCUUUUGCCUUUUGUCAAAAUUUUCUUGAUGAAAUCCCAUGGUUUGAGAUAGAUGGUUCACUUAAAUGUGUUGUGAACAAGAUCAGAAUCAUCUCAACUGUAAACUCUCUUAUGUGUAGCAGCUAUAUAUAGAAAUAACAUGUUUCAACCGUUUACCAA